CUCGUCGUAGCACUACAAUAGAGUCCAGAGUUUGGUGUCGUCGACGUGAUGCGUAAAAAAAGACCUUUCUAGCUUAAGAAAAUCUGGGGGGCUUUUCUGAUGAAUCACGAGAUACUGUGUGACUGUGAGUGUGACAAUCGAUUUCCAUAAGAUUAAGAGUAAAAAAAACUAGCAACAAGCAAUAGAUCUACUUAGAAAUGAAGAAAUGCGACCAGAUCCAGAGCUGUCGCGUUCAGUGUUAUUCUAAAAAAAAACGGUAUACAAAAAGUCGUCUUUCUUUCUUGCAGCGACAAUUAAGAUCCUGAACAUGGCGGCCUCCGAUACGCAGCGGUCCGCCUUUCACCGAGCGCGCGAUGUGACGGGUUUGUUCGCGUCGACUGACCGUAAAAAUGCGAUGCGGGGCUCAGACCACACCAGUGCGCGGGAUUCUAUCGAGAACCAGAAACGAAAGUUCUCGAAGCAGCCGGUUGUGAGCCUUCCGCCGGACUUCGACGAAUUACUGCGAAUAUCCCGUGCAAAAGAUAGAUGAACGAAAAGGCUUUCGUAUUCGCGUACUAUAGCAAGUACCAGUUGCAACCUUCAACAUCACGAUUGAUUUUUGUCUUCUACUUGCUGUCACUUUAACACGGAGAACGAGAACAGAAGGCUCGUAGAACCAUUCGCAUUUCUUGUUCUCAAUGAAUUUGAUGCCCAUGAUGUUUUACUGUUUCUUUUGCAUUUAGGCAAGUUCUACACUACCGUCAAUCGCGAUACGAUCCUUGUCCUUAUCGUAAAAAUCCUUUUGCAAUGCAUAACACACGUACGAGAUUUUCCCGCUGCGAAAGUUUUCCGCCGAUGACGACGCUCACUCCUCCGACGAGGAGUUUCUCGACGCGGAGAGGGACGCGCCGCCGGCUUUCGCGGCCAACGAUUUCAGCUUUCCCGGUAACACCGCCUAUGACCAGGAAUGGGUCGGUAAGAAGGUGCUCCACCACCUGGCGGACUGUAGAACGGGACCACCACCACCAGGCGGAUCUUUUGGCGCCCGCCCCCCUCCCGGCUCCACCUCCUCUCAUCUACUUUUGAGCCGAAGCGGGGGAGGACGCGGUGCUGCUGCUGGAGCCACUACAGACCUCGUCACGGCACAGCACGUGAAGAUGUCGGAACCUUCGGCUCUGUACAACCGGGGGCAGCUGCUCGACCCCGCUGCGAAGGCAAAUGUGACGACGGAGCUCGUCGCCAAGUCCCUGGGUUUUCGCGGAGACCGGGAGGCGCCAGGACCGGACAAGAACUAUGAGGUGGACUAUGACGGUGAUCCUUCUCUUCUUGCAGGAGUUGUCGGCCCGAAGGAAUUUCAAGCUGCGGGCAGAGUAGAGCAACGCCUGGGGAGCAAGCUCUCGUCGACGACCUCGUCGUCGGCCGUAGGCGGUAGUUCCAAGUACCUCUACAGCCGGUUGCAUCAGCGGGAGCAAGAUUCGCACCGAAGUCGGCCGGCGUUGCGGCGCAGUAGCAAUUGUAUCAACGGCGCCGCGUCCGCGUCCUCUUCGGAACUACAUGGAACAAUGCCACAGCAGUCGCAGCUUCCGGUUUUUUCACUGCAAGGCGGCAAAGUGGUUUCCUCGCCCUCUCCGAGCCGGACCACCCGAAAGGGAUCCUCUUCGCCGAGCAAGAGGAAGUUCCUGAUCCCGCCGGGUGCGCGCCGCCCUGAAGAAACUGAAACCAUGCAGCGCAAGACUCCGACCACGUCGGACGUUGAUCAUCCUCCGGGUGGACAACACAAGAACAUGAACAGUUAUUCUACCGCACCUCCCCCCGCAGCGUCGGCGUUUUCCUUCUACCUGGAGAACGUUGGCCAAGUGGAUGAAUUCGGGCGUCUGCUUGGUGACGGCGCGACAGAACAAUCUACCGGCAAGAACGGAAGCGACGGGCUCGAGUCGGCGGUUCGGGACCGCUACGAUCCGUCCAGGAUUCUCGCGUCACAGCAACUAGAGGGACGCAGCGGCCGCGGCGACGACGUGCACCUACUCGGAGCUGUGCCUCCAUCUCGCGUCAAGAACCACGUUGCCGAGGAUCAUUACAUGCAUACGCCAACUGACACGAGAAGCAGCUCUUCUCGAACGGGCGCUUCUCCUCCGGGUUUUACCAAAAUAAACAGUUCCGCUGCGGCGCGAGAAGUGCUGUUGCGACUCCCGAACGGACGCGUCACCAGCCAGUCGCCCGACAUGAAACGGUACCUGCAGCGGCCGGCGCCGUCCGCUAGCGCCACCGCGCCGAAGGCGUCCCGGAGCCGGGUGCCCGUCUAUCACAGCCCCGGAGAUGAAGACGACCGAGACGACGGCGAAAUCUCCCCGCUACAACUGGUUCAAGCCCUGGCGCAGCACAAAACCAACUACCAGCGUAAGAAAAUAGAGUAAAAGGCGAUCUGGCGGAGAGCGUGUAGUUUGAUGCAGCUGCACCACCUGCAUUUUUCGCAAGAGGGAACCGGGACGUGGACUUAGUACCACUAUAAUGAGUAUGAUGAUGAUCUUGAUCAUCCAUGCAUCGCAUUGCGUAUGAAUUUGAGUUGCUGCAGCUGCUUACUAGAGAAAACAAUAAAAGUACGCCGCAGGCACCCAGGAUCAGGAUCAGCACAGCAUCAGCAACAGCGUUCCUCUAGAUUACUCAACGAUUUGAUGUCGUGUGAGCAAUAAACCGGUGCUAUGUAGUAGAACGCCACACGCUGGUCGCCAUGAUCAGCUGUUUUCCACGUGACGCAACACUCGCACGAGCAUUCUCCCCUCGCAGCUUUGGAUUCGACUACAAAGAAGCGGCUGAGCAAUGCUUCUGCGACCUCGUCGGCUGCCGAAUCUUCGACCUACACGUCCGCGGUGUUGCAGCAAGCAGGGCUGCACUCGAUGGCCUCGCAACUUGGAAAGCACCACCCCCACCACCCGCGGAACAAGCACCAGACGCGCAAGCGGGCGCUCCAGACGGGGCAGACGCCGGCGGCCCAACGAGAUUUAGACAUCAACUGGCAUUCUUUGCCCGGGAUUUGAAGAAGUAAGACUAAGAGUAUCAAGGGCUGAUCAGUUGUUAGGAAGUAGAAUCCGAAGCGGAAUUCUAUUUGAUGUUUGAUUUCACAGACACAAGGACGAGUAAAGAGACCAGGUUCACUGUAGUCAGUGCCGAAGAUCCUCAGUCGUUCAGUCCGCCGACUUGAUGUCUGUUGUAUGGGAACUUAUGCAGAAUAAAACUGCUUUCUGUAGUCAUCUCUGUCUCUCCGUCGUUUGUACAUAAACACGUAGGGAGGAAAAUCGCAGGGACUUCAUCCGUGACACGGACACAAAAGUCAGUGUUAAUGGUAAGGAGAUGAAUAUCAACGGCAAGAAGACAGUCGCAAAGGCAAAUUUCAACCUCGUCUUUGGAAGCUGUACGAAGACGAACGGCAAAACGAAAUACAGAUAAACGUGCAGCUUUUAUUCUCCAGGUGACUACAGUAGAGACAGAGAGUAAACGUCCGAUGUCCUCGCAUGAGCUUAAGCGGCACCACGACUGGUGAAUAAGAGCUCACAACUGCUCCGGCACUGACCAUGACCAAGCACUGGUUUGGUUGUUGUAGAGUUCGUUUGUUCAGUUUGCUGC